CGGCCGGCGCCUGUUCACGGAUCGCCGCCUGUGCGCUGUGUACGGGUGAGGGGGCGGUGGCUGGUGACCUUUGACCUCGGGCUCGAGGAGCGGCGGCGCGGGGGAGACGCAGGGUGAAUAUUCAACAAAUAACAUAAUGAAAGAUACAGAAAUAAAGAAACUCCUCUUUGCCCACAUUUUCUGUGUGGUUUCCAUUAUUCUGUCAACUGUCGUUCCAUCUUUCUUCUUGGAGAACUUCUCAGUUUUGGGAACACACCUUACCUGGUUGUGUAUUUGUUCUGCUUGUGUCACUACUGUAAAUAUAUUUUUAUAUAUAAUAGUAAAACCAAAUCCAUCUUCUAAGAGAAGUUCAUUUGCUCACAAGAUAUCUAGAUUUCUAAAAUGCUGCAUAUACUUCUUCAUGUCCUGCAUCGUGUUUCAUGGAAUUAUUGUCCUUUACGGAGCACCAUUAAUAGAGUCAGUGCUUGAGACAUUUUUGUUUGCAGUCCUUCUAUCUACAUUUACAACUUUGAACUGCUUGUGUAUGCUAGGACCAAAUAUCCAAGCAUGGAUAAGGGUAUUCAGUAAAAAUGGAGCCAUGUCCAUCUGGGAUAACAGUCUACAAAUUACCACAAUGUGCAGCAUAGUGGGAGCAUGGCUUGGAGCGUUUCCUAUCCCUCUGGAUUGGGAUAGACCUUGGCAGAAUUUUUGCAGUGAAGUAUAAGAGUUUACAAAAUUCUGCUUAGCCUUAACCCAGCAAUAAAAUAAAGUAUUUUAUCCAAAAUAUACUUAUCUUUACAUGAGAUGGUGAACAGAGGAAAAGAAGGUGGUAGAGAAACAGUAUGUAAGGAAAUAGAGAAAAGGGCAGCAAAUGAAUGUAAAUAUAGUAUACAGAGCCCUAGCAUCAGACAAAGCCACGUGUUCAUCCACCCUCUUCAUGACAUCAUUUGCCACAUCAAUGCAUUGAAUCUUGUGGUCAUCACUAAGAAGUCAGCCUUUCAAUGAGAUGAAAGAUAAUUUUUUCCUGUUGUAGUUAUAAGAGAAGCCAUGGUAUUUGAGAGCUUAUUACACAGUAUUAUCUGCUGGUAAAAUGCUGACUUUUUAAUGAAGACUGCUAUAAAUAGUAAUGUUCUUAAUUACCCUGGAGAAGAUAUAGUUUGUUUCUGAUCUCCUUUCUGAGACUGGCAGGGCUUUGAAGGCUUGCUGCACAACAUGCCCAAAUCUGCACAGUAUUAGGCAGUAGCAGUGACUGGUUCUAAAAGCAGCCCACUCAUGAGCUUGAAAGAAGAAAAUGUGAGGCUUGGGGUAGGGUUAAAAUGAGGAAAGUGGGAGUGUCUAGCAGACAAGUACAAAAUAGCUCCACCCCCAAGGGAGGGAAAUGAUGGAACAGAAUGGUACAGUCAUUAAGGAACUUGUGCUGUAACAAAAAGGUCACAAGUAGGUUGAAGUUAAGUUAAAUAGAUAGAUCCCACUUCCAGCGAAAGAGCGAGCCUUCCAUUCCCCCUUUACACCAACGCAGAUACAAACUAGCCAUGUUGAAAAAUGAAUACCUAGAGACUGGUACAAAAAGAGUGUUCAGUACCGCAGUGCCAUAGUCUGCAGGGCUGAAUGAAGCACCUGAGCUCUUUAUACUGUGUAGGUCAGGUGUAGUCAACCCCUGGCUCAGGGGCAACAUCCAGCCUCUGGUGCCUUGUCAUUUGGCCUUUGAGGGGCCUCACAGAACAUGGCCCCGAGUGCUAGAUCUGGCACACGGGGUAAUGCAAGGCCCAAUCCAGGCACACAGGGCCUGGUGGAGGUGUUGCAGGGCCCCAGAGCCUGUUCCCAACAUGCAAGGCUGGGUGGAGGUGGUACAGGGCCUGAUCCCAGUGCACAGAGCCUGGCAGAGGUGGCACAAGCCCUGGAGCUUGAUCCCUGCACAUGAGGCCAGGCAGAGGUAGCACAGGGCCCAAAUCCUGGCAUGCGGGGCUGGGCAGGGGAAGCUUGGUCUGGAUCUGGAUGUGCAGGCUUCAUCCUGGAGCGCAGCGUCCCAGCUGACUUGUAGACCUAUCCCACGCCACUCAGCCUGCGGGGCCAAAAGGUUGAGCGCCAUUGGUGUAGGUGCCUCAGAGUGGGUUCAAAACAGCGAGUAUUUUGAGAGAGGAGACAUGUUGAGGAUCGGAGCGUGUCAUAGAGCCCACCUUUUUGCCAGGCCUUGCAUGUCUUCUUUGGCAUUACAGGAGAGUGCCCUUCCUCCAUCUGGGAUUCACAACCUAGAACCUUGCCCUGAAGGGAAAGUGCUUCCAUUCUUCUUAAAAAUAGAACUAGAGUUUCUCUUUUCCUCUAAAACAUGGCCAGAGGAGGAGACCUCUGUUUAUCCAGUAGUUCAGUGUUUAGUGCCCUCACCCUGGAUGUGGGAAGCCUGGGUUUAAAUCCUUCCUCUGCCUCUUCCCUGUUCGGGAAGAAAAGGCAAGGAAGAAGAGGAGGAGGAAUUGCACUUCGUGUAAAAGAGACAUGAUUGCUCAGAGCUCCAGUAUGAAACUGGAGAUAAGUCUAUUGAAAGUCUUGGGUUAAGGUUAGAGGGGAGAGCAUUAAAGGGUGAUGUUGUGGUAGGUGUCUACUGUAGACCACCAGACCAGGAGGAAGUGGCAGAUGAGGCUUUCUCUAAAUAGUUAGUGGAAGUUUCCCAGUCACAGGCCCUGGUUCUCAUGGGUGGACUUGAAUCAGCCUGACAUCUGCUGGGAGGGCAAUACAGCAGUGUGCAGGCAAUCCAGGAAGUUUUUGGAGAGUGUUGGGGACAACUUCCUGGUGCAGGUACUGGAGCGGCUGUGCUCAUCUUGACCUGCUGCUCACAAACAGGGAAGAAUUGGUGGGGAAUGCAGUAAUGGAUGGCAACUUGGGCAGCAGUGACCACAAGAUGAUUGAGUUCAGGAUCCUGAGGAAAAGAAGAAUGAAGAGCAGCAGAAUAAGGACUCUGGACUUCAGAAAAGCAGACUUCAACUCACUUAAGGAACUCAUGCACAGGAUCCUCUGGGAAGCCAGUCUGAGGGAGAGAAGAGUCCCAGGCAGCUGGCUAUACUUUAAAGAAGUGUUACUGAGAGUGCAGGAACAAACCCUCCUCACGUGCAUGAAGACUAGCAAGUAUGGCAGAAGACUAGCUUGUCUUAGCAGGGAACUCUUCAGUAAACUAAGUCACAAAAAGGUAGCUUAUAAGAAGUGGAAACUUGGACAAAUAAAUAGGGAGGAGUAUAAGAGCAUUGCUCAGGCAUGCAGGGAUGAAGUUAGGAAGGCCAAAGUGCAACUAGCAAGGGACAUGAAGGGUUUCCACAAGUAUGUCAGUAGCAAGAAGAGGGUCAGGGAAAGUGUGGGUUGCUUAUUAAAUGGGGUAGGCAGCCUCGUGAUAGAGGUUGCAGAAAAGGCUGAAGUGCUUAAUGUCGUCUUUGUCUCAGUCUUUGCAGGCAAGGCCAGCUCCCAGACUACUGCACCAGGCAGCAGUUUGGGGAGGAAGUGAGCAGUCAACAGUGGCGAAAGAACAGGUUAGGGACUGUUUAGAAAAGCUGGACAUGUACAAGUCCAUGGGGCUGGACAGGAUGCACCUGAGGGUGCUAAGGGAGUUGUCUGUAUUUGGGCUUCUGACCAUCCUUUCUAUAUAUUGAGCUAAAUUGUACUUCAAUAAUAAAAGUGCUCAGCCUUAGUUGGGAAGAAUCAUCAUGUCAUGGAACUAGCUUUUUUUUAACUGCUGACCUAUGAUUCUGUUGCAGUCCUGGGAUAAGGCAAUACAACCUCAUGUCAGCUCUAACUUUUAAAGUUCAAAUGCAUAAAUAUACUAUUUGGGCUUAGAAAGAUAAGUACUGGGGUGUUUCUUUAGUUAUGCUAGUGAAGCUAAAAGCUGAUGUGUAUACUAAAAUAAACUUUGUAUAAUUAAGAGAGGUUUGUUUCCAUUUGCUCAGGAUUUAACAACUACUUUAGUAAAUUCAGGGUCCCCAUGUAGACUAACCGUCUGGAUUUGGGAGCCAGAAAACUUAAUUUCUAGAUGCACUUCCAUGAAGUCACCAUCCAUCAUUUUUCCCUUCAAAAUGGCACCAACUCAGAUUAGCCAGUGUGAAUAGGUGGUAUUCAGUCUUUUUCCAUCUCUUUUUUAUCAGGAUUGUGUUAGCAUACUCAGUUCAGGAGAGUACUGUCCCUAAGAGGGUUUUUUUUUUUUUCUAGCACGUGCAUGUAGUGUGCUCCUGCAAUCACCAAAUUGCCAUUUCCUGGGAGAGGGAGAUGGGUUGUUGGUUUAAAGUCAUAUUUAAAAAUUUAAUUUAUAGGUUAAGUAAUUUGUUGGUCUGAGUCCAUUCACCAUUCAGUAGUUGUCCACAUCAACAUUGGCAUCUCCAUCAGCAAUCUAAAUAGAAAGCUUAAGGUAUGAAUGGCCAGAGAGUGGUCUCUUUAGAUCAGGAUGGGUAAUAUUAACCAGAGGGGGAUUGUGGAAGUUUAUAGUUCUGCUACUUAUGUCCCACCUGCUUAGUGGCCUGGGUUUCCAUGUGCUGUACUAGCAACCUGGUAUUUUUCACAAUAAAUUAACUUUUCAUUUUAAAUACUAGUCAUUUUUACAGUUUUACAGAUGUGUCACCUAGACAGCAAAACAAAGAUCAGUACAUACAAAUGUCUCAGAAAAUCUCCAUUUAUUUUAUUUUUCAGAUUUAAAUUUUGAAAAAGUAUUGCAUACAAGGGGAUGUGCAGAUGAUUGGGCCUGUCUAUAUUUGAAAAAAUACAUGAAAAUGCAUUUUUAAAAGCAUACAUUUCAUUUUAGGCAAUUAGUCAUCAAUUUCACUGAUUGGAACAUAAUAUGGUUUUAAAAAUAAAGUGUCAAUAUUCUUUAAUUGUCUGAACAUUAAUUCAAAGUGGAAGUGAAAAAUGAGUAUUAUACAAAGUACUAAUUCUAGAGACCUAGAUUAUGCUGUGGCAAAUCAAGAUAGAUAUCCAUACAAGUCUAAUGGAAAAGCAUUUAAUCUAGGUUAAUAAGAAAUAUGAAAUUUAACCAAACUCUGUUUAAGUUUAUUAUUUAUUAUUUUCAAUUAAAAGCAUCUUGAACCAUGUAACAGCAAGUUUCAGUGAUAGAUCUGCAAUGUUUGGUAGGUAUAGAGCUCAAUCCAGCUGUUUAUCUCAGGUAAAAUUCUUGUAUAUGUCAGUGGAAACUCUCCCUCCAUAAAGGCAGCAGAUCAGGCUUUUAUUCUGUAACUUUGUUUUGUAAUUUCUAAAAUAUCUGACAUGCCUCCCAAGAUUAAUCUUUUCAGUAUUUCACAGGUUUGUCAAAAUAGUAAAAUAAAUGUGUGGCAUAGAUGUCAUGAGAGUUAUUUUUUUAAACUUAAAUUAAGGGUUAGAUAGUGCAGGGGUUUCCAUGAGUUUUAGUUUAGUAUUUUGAAUAAAACUACCCUUGGUUUUGGAAAGAUACGAAGAACUAUGUAUGCAAAAUCUAGUUGUUUCUAGCUGUGAUACAGGAUGGGAGUGUGGCAAUAGCACUAGUGAAGGCAUAGGAAAUAAUUCCUUUUUUUAAGUUGUUGACAGUUUUAGAACACACAUAAUUUCAAGGAGCUUUACAAAUACUAGAUAAUUACUGAGAGUCUCACAAAGCCCUCCUGCAAUAAGCAGGGGAAACACCUUUUAUCUGCUAUGGAAAGACGUUCACCUUUGAGGUGAUGUAUGGCAGCCAUAAACAAAGAGCAACUCUAUACAGCCAAGCAGCAAUGGAUAGAGUCGACAGUUGUCACAGACAAUUUAGUAUGUAAAGAUAAUUACUGUAGUUGCAAUUUUGUGAGGCGGGGGGGGGGGGGGGGGUGGGUUAACACUUCUAUACUUAAAAUACAUGUUAAGGAAUCUUUAAAAAGAUGCAGCCAAUUUAAUAAUCUCACUGGUGUCUGGGUUUUUCUGCAGGGGUGGGGGAGAAGGUGUAUAAAAAUUGGAGACAAAUUUUUUUUGUAUUUUCUCGCUGUUUACUUUGACAGCACUUGGCUACAGUCAGUUUCUCCUCUGUGUGGGUUGUUGUACAGCAAUGGGGAAACAGCAGCAUUUUAGCAAAGGAAAAAGUGAUAAUAAAACAAAAACAAAACAGGAGAGAGAUUCACUGCUAAGAGCUACUCUUGGUUUUCCUCAGAUUGACUGUACCUUAAGUUGGUUGUCUCCUUUUAAGUGUGUUAGAUGGCUAGAAACUCUGUUUUCUCUGUAAUCUGAAAUAUGAUACCUAUAAGAGUACAGUGCCUUCAAACACCAUCCUAGGCUAUUGAUUUAGUGCUGGUUCAAAAGGAAUAGCAAUGGCACUCAAUUACCACCCGGACUUCCUGCUGCAUCUGUGUUGCUGGAAAGCUUACUGACUCACCCUCUUACUGCAUAGUUUGUGAGCUAAAUUGAAGCGCACGGUGGCGUGACUGCAGACAAAACACCAUUAGCAUGUUCUAAGUGCCAUGCAAUUAAUGCCUUCAUCCUGUUCCUUACUGACAGAGACUGGAUUUUGGAAAUGACUAGUGACCAUUUGGAUUUUAUUACUUGCUUAUUUCCACACCAAAUUUUUAAAUAAUUAUAUCUCUUACUGAGUUGAUACACAGCUGUUUUUACACAAAAUAGUUUUUAUCUAAGUUUAGUUUAUCACACCUAGGAGCUAAAAAAUGACCCUGAAACAAUAUUUCACUUACUUCUAUUAUAGAAAUACUUCUAUUAUCGAAAUAUCUGAUAGUGGUAGUAGAAAGGAGAGAGGGGAACCUCAGACUAUUUCUGCUUAUGCAGUAUACCUAUUUGGGUAUGUCGAGAGCAGAGUUUGUGUUGCUGUUUUAACUCAAAGGAAUUGAUUGCCCUGUAACUUUAUUUACAGACAUGUUAAAUAAUAAUGUAGGCACCCGACAAAUAUUUCUAUCCUAGAACAAACAAGAAUGGAGAAUUUUGAGAACAGUCGUGGUAGUUAAGCAAGCAUCAGUCACCUGAGGCAAAACAGACCACAAUUUCUACUUCACACGCUCCUUUAAUUCUUAAUACAGUGCUACUGAGCUCAUAGUUUUGUUACUAUAUUUUUUCCUGGAUUUGCUACCUGAUGUAACAAUAUUCAAAAAAAGAUGGGAAAGGUAGAAUCCACAUAUAUUUCCAGAAUACAGUGUGAAUUUCUUUCACCUCCAUGGGGAUUUUCCCUCCAAUGGGGCUGGCACUGCUUUUAUUUAAUGACCAUAUUUUUUGCUUAAAAUAGUGGGAUCCAAACAGUGUCACAGAGCCACUUAGAAUUUCUGUGACUUAAAACGUAUUUAAUAGCAGCAACCAGCAAAAACAAGUUAUUUCCCCUCUGCACGUGUUUAUCAACACAUACAUCUUGCAGAUCACGUGAAUCAGAUGCAUUUUAGUGAAGACACGCAUGCAACCAAAAUAGAUUAAUGUAAAAGCAUAUAUUGAAAUAAAAAGAACAUGACAUGUUCAACAUACAAGCAUUUAAGGCAUGUUAGGUGCUGGGGGAAAGACAACCUUGUGCACAUUUAUUUAUAGUAGCUUCAUACUGAAACUUAUUUAGUCAUAACCUACUUAUGUAGCUUCCUAACUGAUACCACAGACAUUGUAUGAAAUUGUAAGCAUAAAAAUGAAAAGUGAUAUUUCAGGAAUCAAAGAAGUGCACUUGUACAGUGUCAAAAGAAUGGGCCCAGUUUAUUAAAAUUUUAAGUACCAAGUACCAUAGAGCAGUAUACCUACUGUAUGCACAUUUUUAAUUAAAUCCUUAGUAGUCAGCUGCUUACUUUAUGUACACUACAUUAGGCAAUUUAGCAACUAUACCACCAGCUCCACAUGUAAUAAAGGCCAAAAUCCGCCCACGAGCUAUAUGUAAUUCCCAUUGCCUGUGGUGCAAACGGCAUGUUCAUAACAAAGGACAGAACAGUCAUGCAAUUAAGAGUCCUGAUGUUAUUAUCUAGAUGCCUAGUUUUGUAGAGCUUUUACGCAAGUCUGAUCCUGCAACAUUGUAGGCACCCUAGCAAAGACCAAGAGCCAUCUACUCUAUUUGAAGACGAUGGGAGUUAAAGGGCACCCAUGACCCUGGCCCAAAAUCUAGAUGCUUGAAUGCUUCCUUAAUAAACCUAACACAAGCUAGAGUAGCAGUGUUUGCUAGUGACUAGCAAGAAAUUUGUAUUCCUCUUUAGAUGUAGAUCCUCUAGAUCCUCAGCUACAGCAAAAAGUCACAUAGCACAAACUGGGACAUAAUAGGGCAUGCUCUCUCCAAAGCUUGGGGCUUCUGAGUGUACAGUCAGAUACUCGGUAACUCAGAGCAGCCUUACACUGCUAACAGCCCUCAGGGGCAACAACCACAGCUUUGGGUCAGUGCAGUGCAUGGGCAUCCCAAGUAUGAUCUAUAUGUUAGGAGAGAAAGGUUGGCAAAUGAGCUACACCAGCAUCUGUGGCACUAGUAGAUUGAUGUGCCUGGGAGUGAUCCCCCCCAUAGCAAGACACAGCCAGAAUCCAUAAGCAGAGCAGUGCAGAAUGGCCACAGUGCACUGUCCAGCAGACACUAUGCUCAGUGUGGUAUACUUCAAUAUGCAUAAUGGUUGCUGCUUGUUUUGCAUACUCAUGGUUGUAGGUGUUUAUCAGACACUACAGAAGUGGAAAUGUACUGUCUUCUCUUGGUUAGCUGAACCUCAGGAAACUCUUGUGAGGAAGGCAAGCAUUCUGACCAUCUUAUACAUGGGAAACCAAGGCACAGAGAAAUUGUUACUUAUCCAAGACCACAAAACAAACCAAUGACUAAAGUAGGAGUAGAAACCAUAACUGUCUUGUAACCACUAGUCUAUUUGUCCUUCCUUAAAAUGAAGACCAUGUGCCAAUAAGUGAGUAGGUGGAUAUUUUUUUCAAGCAGUUGUUCAAAUAAGAGUCAUAUUACAUGUUGGUGCUUAGAAUCGGUAAGUUUCCAUGGGCAUAUCAUCUGCAAGCAACUUACUUGCAGUGGAUUUUGCAAGGAUGAUGGCUGGUGUUUAUUCCACCUGAUGAUAGUUAUUUGAAAAAAGUCCUAGUUUUUUCCACUUCUAGCUGGAAACACUCUCUCUCUCUUUGUCCUGUAGUCAGGAUAGAGUAUACCUUCACACUUAUCACUUUGUAACCUGGCUUUUUACAUACAGAUCAGUGAAGGUGUGUAGAUAGGAGCAGCAGCAGUUUAUGACUAAUUUCUUUUGGGUAGCAAGUAGAAAAUAAAAAACUAAUUGUGUACAAUCCUCCACAACUCUCAGAAGAUUUGAAAGAGCUGAUUCUGAGACCAGAUAAUCAGCUUCAUUAACCUAAUACCUGCAUACUUUAAGCAAAUGGAGUGAGGCCUCAUUUAACAAGAUAAAUGAGUAAGGUACGGCUUCCAUUUUUUAUCAAGUAAUCAGGGAGGCUUUGAUAUAGGGUAGGAGGAACCAAUCCACAUAAAAGUAACAAAUUCAGGAAACUGGGAGAAUCCAACCUGACUCAAAAAAGUCAAAAUUACUUGAAAAAGGACCACAAAAACACACGGAGCCUACAGAAAUGAAGCUCCUGGAUGCAGUAGAGAGCGGUGAUGCUCAACUCUGAAGAUCCAGAGGCAUCACAGUACAGCUCUGCCAUCCUACCCCUAUCCAUGACCCCUGCCUAGGAGGCUUUGAGGAAAGGGGAGAGCAGCAUAGAAUAACUGUGUCAGAUCAACAAGGGAGAUUUUCCCUCCUGUGUUUGAGGAAUCCCCAGGCAACCAAUUAAACUGGCUUUACAACUCUUUUGUGCCGUAAGAGCAGAAUAAAGAGCUUGUAAUAGCACUGAGGAUAUGGGCCAGCAUGUUUCACUUUUGUGCUCUGGAAGGAUAUAGGUGGUGUUUUUUGUCUCUUUCUUUGCUCCCUUCUUCAUACAGUGAUUGGGAUGGGAUGUGUGCUUUUUUUUUUUCUUUCUCUCUCCUCUCACUCAUCUCUGCCAGCUGCAGUAAGGAGAGGUUUCAGAGAGCCAUGUGUUGAAUAUCAAUGACAGACUAAACUUCUGCAAGACAAUAAUAUAGCUUUAAGAGAAAACAAGAAAGAAUGUUCUUAACGGUGGAAAGAAAGCAAAGGCAUUAUUAUAUUUAGAAAAAAAAAGUUAUGCAAUGUUGGACAGUGAUUGAGAAUGCAAGAGCAUUGUUUUAAAUAAUCAUUUACUCUGGGUUGCAGCUUGACCAGCCAGAAGAUGUUAGAACAUAACCAGAAACUCCUUAAAUUACAUUAACAGUAAAAGGCAGAUAAAGAGCAACAUUAGUGCAAAAUACCAAAAAAGAUGCAGUUGCUGUUGAUUGUCAGGGAUAUUUAUUUAUGAGAAGGAGUAACACGCAAGAUUCAAAAGCAACCAGCAACAUCCGUCUGUACUUGAGUAAAGCAGAUAAGGAUCUACAGACCAUAAUUCACCUAAUAUAGGUAAGAUUUUUAAUAAUGGAUCACUGACCACUCACAGUUAGUGAACUAAAUGCAAGAGAAAAUUUCUGAGUUCAUCAAACCAUUGGCCACAGCUAUUGCGGAUAGCAGAGAGGUAUAUAUGAUUUUUCUUAUUGGGUAAGAAGGUACCACUCUUUCAGCUGAAUAGUACUGAGAAAGAAGAUUUCAGAGAGAAGAUAAAAUGCAUGUAUCCUAUCAUUCUUGGGAUUCCUCUUUUCUCACCUAAAUUUUUAAAACAAUAUUUGAUUUGAUUUCAGUCUCAUAAUGGAAGUGUUUAGAUCCAGUUGAAGCAUGGUCUUAGCUAAGGCCACAAAACACACUAUGCUAGUUAAUGUAUGUAAUAUAUCAAAACAUUGUUAGACUCUUUUAUAGACUAUAUGUAUCACCAUUGUUAAUGAAUGAAAAUGAGCACGUCUUUGGUUUAAAAGAGAGGCAGCAGCCAGGACAUUAUAGAACAAAAGUACUGAAUAGCAGAAAUAAUGGCUAUGAAUAGAAAAAUGAAUCAAGGUCAAUAAAGAGUACCUAAGGCACCUCAUUUGCAGAUAUUGUCAUCUUUGCUACACUCCUUAAGACCUCCAAAUAAUAUUUAUAAAACUGCACAUGGUAAGGAAUGUGAAGAUGAAACAGCAGAGGACUGAAAUCAUAUUUAUUCCCAGUUACAAUUCCCAGGAUCACACUAUAAGAAGGAGAUAUACUUCCCUGUACCAGAAAGGAACAAUAAAGAAAGGAAUCAAAUGUAGGAAAGAGAGCAUCUGGAAGGAAGAAGUAGUACCAUGAAAAGCAACCUUCCCUUUUGCUGCUCAUGAAUUGCAAGCCAAUUUAUACUUAGUUCCAAAGGAGAAUAUUGAACAGCAGGCACAGUGAGGUUCUCCUGUGCAAAGAUGGGGGAAAGACUCUUUAGAAGAGCAAUAGGAAUUAAAUUUACCCUCCAAUAAGGUUGUCACCAGUGCAGUAAGGACCUUCAUACAGUAGCGGACGUAGCUAAGUGGGAAUAAUCACAUCCUAAGGCAGAUAAGGACUUCAAUUUAAAAUGCUUUUUGAUUCCCCCCUCGUUCAAAUAAGAACAGUGAGAGUAUGUGUUGACUAUUGUGAGAUAGUUUGCUGUCCUUGUAUUGGGAAAUUAAAUGCAUUCCUAAACAAACUACCCUAUUGAGGGCUACAGUUAACUAGACCUACUUUUUAAUUGCUAAACUGCACAUAAAAUGUUUAGCCUGUUUCCACAUUUCCACAUUUCUUCCUACUCCUAAAUUGAAGAGCAUGCUUGAGUGUGCAAUCAAGCAAACCCCCAUCUCUGUCUUGAUAUAGGCUCUCAUUUGGUAUUCAUUCAUUUAUGCAUACCUCUCUGACAGCACAAAUGUUCCAUCAGGAAAAGGGAUGCAGAAUUUACAAAUAUGUGGGGUAAAAUGUGUAGUUUUCUUUUUCAAAAAGGCUCAAAAGGUGUGCAGCAAGAUGGGAGAAUAUAAUUUUUUCCCAAUAAAUCUGGACUGAAACAUAAUGUAAAUAUAAAUACUUAAGUUUCUCACACAGUUUUGUCAAAUCUCAAACUAAAUCUGCAAUAGCCAGAAGCCUGGUUACAUUUUAAUGCAUUAUAAUUAAAAACUGUACAACAUUUAGUGUUCAUGAUAAAUGCAUGUAUGAUUUUGUUACACUUUUGGCAUUCUUUAGGAAAGCAUGUCAAGCUUUAAAAUAGAAGGAGGUUGUACCGCCUUACAAUAUUUAGAUUAUGCCGAAAACUUGUGCUCGUGAAGUACAUAAAACAACACCAACGUUUCCUUUUUUUUCCUGUUUUUUACCAUAUGUUUCCCCUCAGGUAUGGCCCAUUUCAUGUUCCCUCGGAGCUACCUUUGGCUAUGUGGCUGGUCUUAUUAUUGCACCUCUGUGGAUAUAUUGGAACCGGAAGCAGCUUACAUACAAAA